AUGUGUUUCACAAUUUGGUCAAUAAGUAGUGUAAUUAGGACAUGGCUAGUACUAUUCCUAGCCAUACCAGCGCAUUGUUCACCACCAAAAUUGACCAUGUUUACUGCCCCAAACACUACCAAACCCGGUUGCCCACGCAAAUGCGGCAACUUAACAAUCCCCUACCCCUUUGGAAUAAGCUUACUUGGGGGUUGUUCUCGAAACCAUUUGUAUGAUAUCAUCUGCUUGGAUUCUUUCGAUCCUCCAAAGGCCUUUCUUCCAUUGGCGAACACUGGCCCAAAUGCAACUAUGACGGAGAUAUUAGACAUAUCUGAAACACAAAUCCGUAUUAGAACCCAAGUAGCGUACACGUGUUCUGAUUCCAUACUAUCGCCUUCGAUAUCUGGUCUAAAAUAUUUCGACAUUCGGCAGGAAAUCGGUUGUCCGUAUGCCAUAUCAGGCACGUCAAACAAGGUAAUUGCAGUGGGAUGCAUGGACUCCGCUGACUUAAGUGCAUACCGUGAAACCACAAGCUUUGGUUUAAAUGAAGUCAGGCGUAGUUGCACAGCCAAUUGCAGCUGGGAGGCCAGCAAUGUUGUCGCAGGUGAGUGCGAUGGUGUCGGGUGUUGCAUGGCUAUUAUUCCUAGCGGGCUGAUCUCUUAUGUGGUAAGCCUAAGCCCCUUACACAGUAACCACAGCACAAUAUUGUCUUUCAACCCUUGUGGUUAUGCGUUUCUAGGGGAUCCCGAUCGGUUCGAAUUUCGGGGGAUCCCAGAUCUUAAUGACCCGGAUUUCGUUAACAGGAUAACUGCGGAGGUGCCGACGGUGCUAGAAUGGGUAAUAGAUCAUAAUAUUACAUGUGUUGAAGCUCAAAAGCAUCCACAAUCCUACGCUUGCCAACAGAAUACAACUUGUGUCGAUGCUGUGGAUAGUGGUAUUGGAGGAUAUCGUUGUAGUUGUCGGCCCGGUUACCAAGGCAAUCCUUACUUUCCUCCUGGCUGCUCAGAUAUUAAUGAAUGUGAGGAUCUAACAGAUGGCCCAUGCUCUAGAAUCUGCACCAACACCCUCGGAAACUACACUUGCUCUUGCCCAUCUGGGUAUGUUGGCGAUGGUAGGAAAAUUGGGACGGGUUGCAAAUGGCCGUUUCCUCUUUUUAAGAUUGUUUUAGGUGCCGGCGUUGGUGCUUUACUUUUACUAAUUGGCAUAACUUGGAUGUGCUUGGAACAUAAAAGGAAAAGGAUGAUGGAAUUGAAACGGAAGUUUUUUGAGCAAAACGGAGGUUUUAUAUUAAGGCAACUAAUUUCCUCUAGUGCACAAGAUAACACCGAGCAGGUGAAGAUAUUUACUCUAGACGAAUUAAAAACAUCAUCCAACAACUUCAACGAAGAUUAUGUUGUAGGUAGAGGUGGUUAUGGAACUGUCUACAAGGGGAUAUUAUCGUUCAAUAAUGAAUUGGUUGCGGUUAAGAGGUCAAAAUUUAUGGACACCAGUAAGAUCGAACAUUUUAUUAACGAGGUAGUCAUUUUGGCACGCAUAAGACAUCCUAAUGUGGUUCGAUUAAUAGGAUGUUGUCUCGAGGUUGAAGUCCCCUUGUUGGUCUACGAGUUUAUCUCGAAUGGAACAUUAUAUGACCAUCUUCAUGGCAGACGAGGAGCCUCAUGGUAUUCUUGGAGCGGUUGUUUACGGAUUGCCAUCGAGUCAGCCAAUGCAUUAGCUUAUUUACAUUCAAUACCCAUAAUUCAUCGAGAUGUUAAGUCCACAAACAUUUUACUAGAUGAUAGAUAUACUGCAAAGGUAUCUGAUUUUGGAGCUUCGAGGUUGAUUCCAUUACAUCAUACCCAUUUAUCCACAUUCGUCCAGGGAACACUCGGUUAUCUUGACCCUGAGUACUUUUAUUCAAAUCUAUUAACCCAAAAGAGUGAUGUUUAUAGUUUUGGUGUCGUUCUCGCUGAACUACUAACAAGGAAAAAACCACUUUUACUAGAGAGGCAGACAGAGGAAAAGAAUUGUAACUUGGCAUCAUAUUUUGUUGAGGAGAUGCAACAAGAGAAAUUGUUUGAGAUUUUGGAUCCUCAACUAGUUGGGGAAGCAUCCCGAGAGCAACUCAUCUCAAUAGCAAAGCUUGUAGAGAAUUGCUUAAGGGUUGAGGGUAAAGACAGGCCAACUAUGGAAGAACUAGCAGCGGAGCUAAAAAAAUUGAAGGACUAUAAAGUGCAAAUCUCCGGUCACUAA